UACGUAAAAUUAAAAAAUUUCGAAGGAUGUUAUAUGCCUUCGAAUUUUUUUAUAACUAAAGAAAGAAUUGAAGAUUUUGAAGUAAGAAAUGAAGAUAUUUGGGUUACAUCUUAUCCAAAAGCAGGCACCACCUGGACACAAGAAAUGGUUUGGUUAAUAGCAAACGAUUUAGAUUAUGAAGGCGCUAAAGUUGAUUUAGAUUAUAGAUUUCCAUUUAUUGAAAUGAAUUGUCUUCUAACCUCGUUAAAAGAUAAGUCACAUGAUCUUUAUACCGAAACAUUGAAGUCAUGCGUAUCUCAUGAUAUGAUAAAAUUAUUAAACGAAACUCCUGGAAGAAGAAUGAUUAAAACCCAUCUUCCUUGGUAUUUUUUACCAAGACAAAUAACCAAUGGAUUUAAAACACCCAAGAUAAUUCAUGUUAUGAGAGAUCCAAAACAGGUUGCAAUAUCUUAUUUUCAUCAUAACGCAACAAUCACUCCUUUAUUUGAAGGAAACCUCGACGAUUUUAUCGAUUUGUUUAUUGAAGGAAAAGUUUUAAGUGGAGAUUAUUUCAAAGUGGUUCAAAGUUAUUGGAAAAAUCGCGAUUUGCCCAACCUGCUAAUUAUAACAUACGAAGAAAUGCAUAAGGAUCUUAAAGCUGUAAUUAAAAAAGUUUGCAAAUUUCUUGAAAAAAAUUACGAUGAAGAGGAAAUCGACAAACUCGCCGAUCAUUUAAGCUUUCAAAAAAUGAGAGCGAACGAAGCUGUUAAUAAACACAAUUUACCUAAACCUGGUGGAGUUGAAUUUAUAAGGAAAGGAAUGACGGAUAGUUAUAAAAGUGAGUUAAGUGAAGAAAUGAUAAAUAAAUUAGAUAAAUGGAUUGAUGAUAAUGUAAAAGAUCUUCCAUAUGAUAUUAUAAUCGAAUUUGCACGAUUUUUGAUUUAUAACGCAGCAAAUUUCAGUGAAAUGGCUACGUUUACAUUAAAAGACUUUAACGGGUUUAAAAUGCCACCAGAAUUUAACGAGUAUAUAGAAAGAAUUGAAAAUUUGGAAGUGCGAAAUGAUGAUGUUUGGGUUACCUCUUUCCCAAAAUGCGGAACUACAUGGACUCAAGAAAUGGUUUGGUUAAUAGGUAAUGAUUUAAAUUAUGAAGGAGCUAAAACUGAGUUGGAUUUUCGAUUUCCUUUUUUGGAGUGUAACUCUUUUUAUGAGGAAUGGAAUAAUUUUAGAAAUAAGUUCAACAUUAAUUUUAAGGAGGCCGGGGAUGAAGUGGAUUUUUUUGAAAUGGUCGAAAAGAACGAAAAUGUUAGAUAUAUUAAGAGUCAUGUUCCUUGGGAUUUUUUACCUAAACAGAUUAAAGAUGGAACCAAAAAUCCAAAGAUAAUACAUGUUAUAAGAAAUCCAAAACAAGUCGUCUCUUCUUAUUACAAUCACGCAGCGAAUGUACAUAUACAGUUUGUUGGAACAUUAGAAGAAUACAUAGAAUUUUUUAUGCAAGGACGUCAAUUAUAUGGUGAUUAUUUUCGAACAGUUUUGAGUUAUUGGAAUCAAAGACAUCUACCAAAUUUAUUAAUAUUAACUUACGAGGAGAUGCACGCCGAUUUAAUAUCAGUAAUCAAAAAAGUUUCUGAUUUUCUGGGAAAAUCUUAUUCGGAAGAUGAAAUAAAGAAAUUAGCUCAUCAUUUAAGUUUCGAUCAAAUGAAGAAAAACGUUGCUGUAAAUGGGCAGUUGUAUAUCAAAGAUGAGAGUCGUCAAUUUAUAAGAACGGGAACUGUUGAUAGUUACAAAGAAGAGUUUACACCCGAAAUGAUUUCAAAGCUUGACGAAUGGAUAUCAAAAAAUGUAAUUGGAACGGGAUUACCAUACGAAAAGCAAUGAUUUGUUUUACAUUUAUGAUUGAUUUGUAUUGCUUAUAGAUAUUUUUAAUCAAUAAAAAAUGUUGUGGCCUUUAUCUUAAA